CCUGCCCCGACCCCUGCCCCGACCCCUGCUCUGGCCCCGGCCCCGGCCGCGGUCCCGGACGUGUUCUGGGCCAGCCUGCUCCGCGCUCAGCUCUGUGUCCAGGAGCUCCAGGGGGCCAUCGAGGGACAGACGGACACUGGGGACCACCUGGAGCACCCCCGGGAGCACCCCCGGGAUGGGGCUGGGAGCGUCCCCCAGGAGCUCCAAGGCCGUGGAUCCAUGUUUGAGGAGAUCUUUCAGGUGUGCAUGGACAAGGACACCCCACCCAAAUCCAUGGCUGAGGAUGAGAACGUCUUCCAGGCGUCCGCAGACGGUUCCAUCCCACCCAAAUCCCUGCCCAUGGAUGGGAACGUCUCCCAGGUGUCUGCAGAGGGAUCCAUCCCACCCAAGCCCACGGCCACGGAUGGGAGCAUUUUCCAGGAGCUCCAAGGCCAUGGAUCCAUGUUUGAGGAAUUCUUCCAGGUGUCCGUGGGCAUGGACAUCCCACCCAAACCCAUGGAUGGCUCCAUCCCACCCAAACCCAUGGCCGAGGAUGAGAAUGUUCUCCAGGUGCCUACAGACGGUUCCAUCCCACCCAAAUCCAUGUCCGUGGGUGGGAGCAUCUCCCAGGAGCUCCAAGGCCACGGAUCCACGUUUGAGGAGAUCCUCAACAUGUCCAUGGGUGUGGACAUCCCACCCAAAUCCCUGCCCAUGGAUGAGGACAUCAUUUCCAAGGUGCCUACAGACGGUUCCAUCCCACCCAAAUCCAUGUCCGUGGGUGGGAGCGUCUCCCAGGAGCUCCAAAGCCGUGGAUCCACGUUUGAGGAGCUCUUCCAGGCGUCCAUGGAUGAGUCCAUCCCACCCCAGGCCAUUCCCAUGGACCAAAGCUUUGAGUUCCUCUUUGGGAGCAUCGUGUCCAUGGCUGGGGACACGUCCCGUGGCCAGGUGACAUCGGAUGGGACCCCCCCAGCCGGUCUGGUGGCCACGGAUGGGACCGACCCGUCCGAGCGCCGGGACAGGAACGUGUCACCCAGCGUCAGCGUGGGUGGGGACACCUCCCACACGUCCACGGGUGGGGACAUCUCAUCAGGGACAGGGACCAGGGACGGGGCCACCUCACCCCAGUUCAUCACCACACACGGGACCUUCUCUGCAGAGCACCCGGCCAUGGAUUUGGCCAUCCUGUCCCAGACCGUGGCCUUGGAAGUGGCCAGCUUGUCCAAGGCUGUGGCCACCGAUGGUCCCAUCUCCCCCAGACCCCAAACCCCCACACUCAACCAGGAGGAAGAGGAAGGUGACGACGACGAUGACGACCACCACGCCAACGAUGACCGUGAUGACCACCAUGACCUCAGUGACCACCAUGACCUCGAUGACCACAAUGACCGUGAUGACCAUGAUGACCUCAGUGGCCACCAAGACCACGAUGAGAACAACGACCUCAAUGACCAUAAUGCCCGUGAUGACCACCAUGACCAUGAUGACCAUCAUGACCACCAUGACCUCAAUGACCACCAUGACCACGAUGACCACCAUGACUGUGAUGACCACAAUGACCACAGUGACCACCACGACCGCAAUGACAACAAGGACCUCAAUGACCACCAUGACUGCGAUGACCACCAUGGCCACCAUGACCACGGUGCCUCCUCCCAUGAAGAUGAGGAGGACCUUCUGGAACAGGACCUGGAUGAGGAGAACCCGGAUGAGGAGAACCCGGAUGAGGAGGACCUUGAGGAGGAGCUGGAUGAGGAUGAGGAUGAGGAUGAGGAUGAGGAUGAGGAUGAGGAUGAGGAUGAGGAGUAGGAGCCCCAUUUCCACACCAACCCCCUGUUCCAGCGCCCGCUGCCCCCGGGGGUGCCCCCCUGGCGCCCCCACGGUGCCACCCUCGGGUGUCACCCCUCGGAAUGGGGACCACCCAGAACCCCGGAAAUUGGGGACACCCCGGAUCCACCUCCGGAAUUUGGGGAUCCCCCAGAAUUUGGGGACCCCCUGGAAUUUGGGGAACCCCCCUUGGUGUCAUCUCCUUCCCCAGGACCACCCAGAACCCCGGAAAUUGGGGACACCCCGGAUCCACCUCCGGAAUUUGGGGAUCCCCCAGAAUUUGGGGACCCCCUGGAAUUUGGGGAACCCCCCUUGGUGUCAUCUCCUUCCCCAGGACCACCCAGAACCCCGGAAAUUGGGGACACCCCGGAUCCACCUCCGGAAUUCAGGGACCCCCCUGAAUUUGGGGACCUCCCGGAAUUUGGGGACCCCUUGGAUCCACCCCUGGAAUUUGGGGACCCCCCCAAAUGGAUGGACCCAAAACGGGGGGGGCUGGACUCCCCCAUCCCCCUGGAGGAGCCCCCCAGUUCCUGGGACCCCCUGGAUUUACCCCAAAAAGAGGGACCCCAAAACCCUCCAGAUUUACCCCAAAACCCUCCAGAUUUACCCCAAAAAGAGGGGCCCCAAAACCCUCCAGAUUUACCCCAAAAACAGGGGGACAAAACCACCCCAGCCCCCCCAGAUUUGCCCCAAAAAGAGGGAC